AUGCACAUACAAAAGACUCUUAGAGAGCUUUUAUCUAUGUUUAGGGAAGCUCAACCUAAAAUUAACAAAAAUAACAAGAGUUCCGCACCUCUUGUUGAUAAGGGAAAAGACAUGGUAAAGGACAAAAAAAAGCCCAAGAAGAAGAAGUCUUCAACUACGCCUACUAGAAGAGUGAAAAGGCUAAAGCUCAUAAUAGCCCAAAGGAUGUGGUUUACUUUCAUUACAACAAGAAAGGGUGUUGGAAGUGCAACUAGAAGGAAUGACCCUUUGACUAAGCCUUUUUCACAACUACAACAUGAGACAUUUACUCGACCGUCAAGCUUAAAGGACAUGGCUAGUUGGCUUGAGUGUAAGUGGGAGAUUCUUAGUAAAUGGAAUGUGUUUGGGAAUUCAUCAAUGGAAAGAGAGGCCAUUCGGGAUGAUAUAGCUCAUUUGGAAGAUGUCAUUAGAUUUCUACCAACCAAUUUAGAUGUAGAAAAAAUUGGUUAUGGUAGAGAGAGAGUCUCCACGAUCGUGGGAGAAGUCUCAGCAACUAAGCAGAUCAAAUCAAUAAAUCAUGUAUUUCCGAGAAAAUUGACGUUCAACCAAUCUGUGCAUUUCCGAGAAACCACUAAUAGGACUCGUACACACUAA